GAGGCGUCUUUGAAGAGCUUUGGCAUAAGAGGCAGCUUUGGCUGAGGCACCCAUAGAGCAUCAAUUUUGCUUUUCCCAAGUGUCUCUCUACAGGCUGAUUCUGUAGCCACUGCUUAGUGCUUUCUCUGCCCUUUGGGAAUUCUUAGGAGAGAAAGUGCUUGGAUUCCUUUCCCCCACCUCUUCCUCUCUCCUGUUAUCCCACCUUGAAUGGAAACAUGUUUGCAGAAGUGAGAGAGAUUAUUUUUGGCCUGGGAUUCUUGCUUCUUUCCUUGACUUCGGAUGCAACAGCCAAUCCGGAUAUUUUCUGUUUGUUUAAUGGGCAGAGGUACAAUCCAGGAGAAAGUUGGCAUCCUUACCUGGAACCACAAGGCGUGAUGUACUGCAUCCGAUGCACCUGUUCUGAGGAUACCAAUGUCAGCUGCUAUCGAAUUCAGUGCCCUGUUCUUCCAUGCCUGAACCCCAUCACUGACCCUCAACAGUGCUGUGCCAGGUGCCCAGAAAUUUACAGUCAGCCUGGAUUCGAGGAGCCCAUCGAUUCCUCUUGCCAAUACAACGGAGCGACAUACCAACACGGUGACAUUUUUACUGCCAGUGAACUCUUCCCUUCCAGGCAGCCAAACCAAUGCACACAAUGCAGCUGCUCGGAAGGCCAGAUUUACUGUGGCCUGGUGACCUGUCCAGAUCUAUUCUGUGACUCACCCCAGACUAUCUCCGACUCCUGCUGCCCAGUCUGCAAAGAUAGCUCCUACGACAGCUUGACAGACGAUGAACCCCUGCAGCUGAACAGAGAUAGUGAAUCGCGGUGUGCAGGGGAGGCGAGAAAUGAAGAUCCCCUGGAAGCAGCAGAUAUGCCAACCGGACCUUCGCUAGAGUUCAUCCCUCAUAGCAGCAAGCUGAGAGGGGGUGGCACGACGGUCAGAAUCAUUUUGAAAGAGAGGCACAAGAGAGCUUGUGCCUACAACGGGAAGACCUACUCCCACGGGGACGUGUGGCACCCAACCUUCCGUUACUUUGUACCGCUGCCUUGCAUUUUGUGCACUUGCAAGGAUGGGGUCCAAGACUGCCAAAAAGUUGUGUGUCCCGGAGAGUACCCUUGCGAAGAGCCUCGGCAUGUAGAAGGGAAAUGCUGCAAAGUAUGCCCAGACGACGAGACGAUGCUCGCCCCAGCAAUCAACACCAACAAAUGCAGAGUGUCUGUCUACAUGUUCAUUGCCACCUCCUCUGAGAACUUAAGGAAAAUCGCCAUAGAGAGGGAAUCCUCGGAUGAUGUGGAAAUCUAUAUCUGGAAACCAGUGAAAGGUAUAUUUCAUUUGGUUCAGAUCAAGAAGGUCAACAAACCGGAGUUCAGGCAAGAAAUGGAGAAUUUCCGCUUGGUCUCCCAGACGAACGAAGCCCACUGGAACACGUUUCUGGUGCAGGGGCAAGAAGUGAAGCUUAUGGAAAGUCCAGACAGAGAAACGAGGAACUUAUAAGAAGAAGGACAGAAAGAGAGUAUAUUAUAUUAAUAUAUAUGACCAACUUCAUUAUUCAAUCAUCUAUCGCAGCAAUGAGAGGACACGCAAUCUACAGCCAGCUCUACAAAAACACCAGCAAACACCACUGCUAAGAAUAAUCCGGCCACUUGGAGUCCCAGUUCGAAUUCCCACGGAGAGGCAGAUGGACUUUUGAAAUGUUCCAAGAGGGGGCAGGUUGCCAACUCCAGGGUAGGAAAAUCAUGGAGAUUUGGGGGUGGAUCCUGAAGAGGGUGGAGUUUAAGGAGGGGAGGGGCCUCAACAGGUUAUAAUGCCAUAAAGUCCCUGGUACAAAGCAGUUCUUUUUUUUCCGGGGGAACUGAUCUCUGUAGCCUGGAGAUCAGUUGUAAUUCUUGGAGAUCUCCAGGCCUGUCCUGGAGGUUGGCAACCAUAAGGAUGACACUUCUUGUGCAAAGGCUCCUAGGCCUAUUUUAGUGUCUGGGCCGCUUGGAGUUUUAAGCCUUAGGGCUCAGUCCUCUGAGAAAGUCUUACCACCAAGCUCUUUCAUUGCUUCUGUGCAGGAGAACUUCUGGCCGCCUCUUAGAGCCUUGCUACAAGUGACAUUUUACACGUGAAGGAUAAAGGAUAAUUUUCGCAAGUCUUUCUGGGAACUGAAGUUCCUCUCCCCAUAAACACAUGGAAUUCGUUGCCACAGGAGGUGGUGGCAGGUACAAGCAUUGCCAGCUUCAAGAGGGGACUGGACAAAUAUAUGGAGCAGAGGUCCAUCAGUGGCUAUUAGCCACAGGAGAUAGAUGGUAUUCUCUUUGUGGGGAGGUGGUGCUCUGUUGUCUUGAUGCUGGAAGGAAGGCAGUGGGAGGGCUUCUGGUGUCCUGGCCUCACUGACAGUCCUUUAGAUGGCACUGGAUUUCUAGCCACUUUGUGUGACAGAAUGUUGGACUGGAUGGGCCACUGGCCUGAUCCAACAUGGCUUUGCUUAUGUUCUUAUGUUCUUACCCCUUUUCCUUCUGUUCCUUCCCCUCGCUGCCUGAAGAGACAGAGAGAGCCUACGGCAACAUCAACUUUUGCAAAUCGUCUUGCUGGGUGGGGGGGAAUGCUGCGGAGAAAGCUGAGAAAGUUGCAGCUGCCUGCCCCAAAGAUCACUGAGAGCAGGCUUGUGACUGGAGGAACGAUUUGCAAAAGUUGCUGUUGCCGCAGGCUUUCUCUCUCUCUUCAGGUAGCGAGGGGAAGGAACAAAAGGAAAAGGGGUGGGGGAGAGGAACUUCAGUUCCCAGAAAGCCUUGCGAAAAUGAUCCUUUAUCCUUCACGUGUAAAAUGUCACUUGUAGCUUGGCUCUUAGCCUGUCAACAGCCAAUGAGGCCAAGCAUCCCCCCCCCCCAGCAAUAGGGCAGUCUUUAGGGCAGUUGAUUGCAACUAACUCUGGUCUUGGGUGACUCAACUUUAGCUAUUUAUUUAUUGGAAAGCCAAGCAUUAACUCCUAACCACCAUUGCAACCCCCUUGACUGACAGAUUUAAGAACCAAGGUUGAAAAGAGAGAUCAAAUAUUGUAAAUAAAAUAAAGUAAUUAUCCUGUAAAGCAA